GGUGUGGGGAUGGGGUGCCUGCAGGGACAUCCUCUUGGCACGGGAGACCCCUUCACUGCCUGCUCUCACGGUGAGCCUCUGCAGUGUGUGUGGCGAGUCGUGCUUAGUAGAACAGGUUCUCUUCAGUAUAUGCCCAUAAAUUGUCUGGCUUUCAAACUCCAUAUGCAAAUGAUAAAAUAUUACUAUAUUUUAUUUAUUCACAUCUGCCUUCGCAGUUAUAUAUCUGCCAGCAUUUCUUGCGCUCCUGAACAAGUGCAUUUCCCACCUUGCUCAGAAAUGAGCACCUUUCAGUAACAGUGCAGCUACUGGCAUCAGCUGUAGCUCUCUCACAUAUCCAGCCUUUCAGCACCCACCUUUUUUUUUCUUUUUUUUUUUUUUUUUCCCUUUCCCUUUUUGGAAAAUGCAGGUUUUUUGAUAGUACACCAUCAAAUGAGUGCCUGCAGUAGGUCAGUACCAAGAUUAUACAUCUGAAGCCGAGCCAGCUGCUGCAGUGGGGAGGCACUGGUUUAACAAAGCGAAUUCCAACCCCAGAAUUGCCAGGUUCUCAUCCAUGCACCUUCCUUGCAAGGACGCUACCUUGGUUAUUCUGAAUUAACUGGAAAAAUGCACAGACAUCACACAAAAUCAGAGUGCAUAAAAAACAGUUUUCUAAUCCACAAGGAUACGUGCAUGCAUAGAUACACAGAGGAAGCCAGAAAUGUUUUUAGCCUAUUGACCAGCCUGGGAUUUCUCCCUCCCCACCCCCAGAAAUACCACCCAGAGCCAAGAAGCUACAGCCACCCCAGAUGGAUGCAUUUCCCUGAGAAGUUUUGAUAAUUAGAGUGUGAGACAGCUGUAUAUAUCCCUGGGCAGCCCAGGAUGGAAGCUCCAGCUGGGUCACCUCACUUCCCACUCCCGAGCAGGAAGGUUCCCUCCAGGUCACCACACAGUGCUCUGCUCGGUAAAGGGAUUGGGUUAGUUAAGUCUAAUACAGACACGACCUCACCACUGCUCUGCUCCUGUAUUAUUCUGAAGUUGAGUACCAGAAAGAAGGCAGACAGAAAUCAGCUUUGAGUCUAACCUGAAAGAUUACUUAAGGGGUUACUUACAUUUAUUUUCUUUUUAAUGUUGUUUAUAUUGCCACUUUCAAUAUCUCGCUGGUGUUUGAGACAGGGCCCACGUUGGUAGAGUGGUAGGAAAGUGUUGCUUAGCAAAGGCAGUGGAAAUGGGAUUGCCUCUUGUGCUGUGUUCUUCUUGUAGUUAAGGUGAGCCUUUGUACAGAAGGGGGGCAGGACAGAUAGAGCUGCCUUUCACACAGAUUGUUUUCCCAGGGAAAGGUUUGUUCUAGGGCACAGGGAGAGGCAACCCACGAGCUGUCCUGCGGUUCUAUCCCAUCUGCAAUACUGAGAAUACCUUGAAGAGCAGGAUGCCUCCCUCCAAUUCUCAGCUCUGGUGUCCCUCUAGAGACAAAUCUCAGCAACUGAUCUGUAGUUCACAGUUGGGCCAGCCUGGAUUUUUGGAGAUGUAUGUGAAGAUUGCUCCAGUGAAGAGCUUCAGCUCCACAAAGAGCAAAAAAGUUUCUGUUCGAGAAAUACGCACCCACUCAGCAAAACAAAAACAACUUUUAAAGGUUGUUCUCGGUAGAAAUCACUCCAUGCCCCAUUACCUGCUUGAGUGAAACCAGACUAAAGAAGUUCUGUCAUGGCAGCUUUUCUGCUGGGAGCUGUGCUGCUCAUUGUUCAACCUCAGAUAGUGCCUUCUAGACCGGCUAUAAAUUCAAAGGCUGAGACUUCUGCUCAGUCUGCUCAGAGAGAGCUUUUAAAGAAAACAUCUCAGAAAAAUGACUUCAAGGAAAACAUUCAUUCUAAUGGAUCAUGCCGGCAGCUGCCACAGACUAUCAUUAUUGGAGUGAGGAAAGGUGGAACAAGAGCUUUGUUGGAGAUGCUGAGUCUUCAUCCUGAUAUUGCAGCAGCAGAAAGUGAAGUCCACUUCUUUGACUGGGAAGAUCAUUAUAGAAAUGGAUUGCAAUGGUAUAUUAAUCAAAUGCCAUUCUCUUAUCCCCAUCAGAUCACAGUGGAAAAAACUCCAGCAUAUUUCACAUCACCUGAAGUGCCUGAAAGAGUUUAUAACAUGAACCAAUCCAUGAGAUUACUCCUUAUUUUAAGAGACCCAAGUGAGAGAGUACUGUCAGAUUACACCCAAGUGUUCUAUAACCACAUGCAAAAGCACAAGCCGUAUCCCUCCAUUGAACAGUUCCUGAUUAAAGAUGGUGAACUCAAUGUGGACUACAAGGCAAUAAACAGAAGCUUAUACUACAUUCACAUGCAGAACUGGUUGAAGUAUUUUCCCCUUGAUCAUAUCCACAUUGUAGAUGGGGAUAAACUAAUCAAAGAUCCCUUUCCAGAAAUAGAGAAGGUAGAGAGAUUUUUGAAAUUAUCACCACAGAUAAAUGCUUCAAACUUUUAUUUCAAUAAAACUAAAGGCUUCUACUGCCUAAGGGACAGUGGGAGGGAGCGCUGUUUACACGAGUCAAAAGGACGAGCUCACCCACAAGUAGAUACUCGGUUACUUGAGAAACUGCAUGAGUAUUUCUAUGAGCCCAACAAGAAAUUUUUUGAGCUUGUUGGAAGAACAUUUGACUGGCACUCAUCUGUGGCAAGUUAGUGGUAAAUGUGAGAACCUAUGUUCUGGUGUAAAUUUAGAAACUUUAAAAAGGGCAUUUAAGCUAUAAUUUAUUUGUAAAAAUUCAUAAUUACUUCUGUACAGUAUUAGAUUCACAAUUGCCAUAUAUACUAGUUAUAUUUUUCUACUUGUUAAAUUUGAAAGCAUUUUGUAUUGUUUUUCAUGGUUGUUAACAUUGUGUAUGAUGUGUCUAUAUGAAGAAAGUAAAUUAUUUCACUGCAGAAGAUGCUCUCUUGAGAAUGUGUUGUCUUUUUAAUAAAUAAGAAAUUCAUUUCAACAAAACCCUUCAGAAUUAUUUGAAUACUUCAAUCUUUCUGAACUUUAUCCUCUAGUUGCUAAUGGAUAUGCUAAACUUUACAUUUCCACUUCUAUUGCUCUAAAUUGUGGUCUAAUAAUUUCUUUUUAUCUGAAAAUAUUCUUGUAAUUUGAAAAUUGUUCUAUCCUGGUUUAUGAAAUUAUUUCUUGAUAAUGUGGUGUUUAUACGUGUUGGGACAUGCAUACCUAAAGGACAGUGGAAGACUGUCAUGAAGCAUGUUAACAGCUGUACUUACCUUCCUAUUUAAUGUUGUAGUAACUGCUCCUCAAAUUCCUUCGCAGAACCCUACUAGUUUCACUGCAAACUUUUAAAGAUUCUGUGGGGAGCAGCUCAUGAAAUCAGAGUUAAGUGCAGAAAAUGAUUAAUCUAAAAACUUUCUACAGUCUGUGAAUGUAUAUAUCCUUCAUUAUGAAAGAGAUGUUUGAGAGAAGAAUAUAAGCAAUAUAGGGACAUUUUAAAGGCUGCUAACUGCUGUUCCUAAAUUUUAUGGCACACAUUCUUUCCCAUUACUGAAAAUCAAUGGUUACACCAGAAGAAUUAGCUGGUCUACAUUCUAGUAAGCAGCAGCUUCAUUCUUAUAAAUAUUAACACACUUUUACUUUAUUGAACACUUUUCAAUGAGUUGAGCAGCUGCUUCAUGUAACUUAGAAGUGCUCGUGGGCUACUAUUCAAUUAAUCUCUUUCCAGGAAAUGUAAAGCCAAGCUUUGGAUCCAGCCUCGGGUACCAUGGAAUUAACCCAAAUUCCAGGAACUUUUAUGGUCUUCCAUCUGCUAAAAAUGGAAGUUAGAUGCUAGUACAUUGGUAAAAGUUACAGCUUUUCCUAUCUAUGUUACUUCUGAUGUUCCAUUAGCCAUCAAUUUCUGGCAUUAGAGUUAAUCCCAUUUCCACAGAAGGCUUACUAUAGUACUUUCAUUAUGAGCUCCUAAUUUUCAUGUUAUGAUCUAAAAUAUACCCUUUGAACAUUCAGUGACAAUACCCUGUACAUUUAAACUUGUUACUGAUUGUUUCAAUCCUUCAUAAAAUUUAAAUAAAUGUAGAUAGGUUAAUUUUUCCUGGUGAGAUGGUUUAAACUUGGGCACUGUGACAAGGUACCCUCUGGAUGCAAGUAUCCCAUAUUAUGCUGCUUGCAUGAAAAUUUGCAGAUGCUUCCCCUCUAUAUCCCACUACUUGUGCACCUGCCCAAGCUGUAUUCAACCUCAGAGAGGUUGUUGGUGUUUGUUUCAUAAAGUAGACCUUUGAUGAAAGCCUACUAUGAAAUGGUAUUGUACUCAAUAAAAUAUUUUCUGAAUUGCA